AUGACUGGACGCGGUAAAGGAGGCAAAGGUCUUGGCAAGGGAGGAGCGAAGCGGCAUCGUAAAGUACUUCGUGAUAACAUCCAGGGAAUUACCAAACCCGCUAUUCGUCGUUUAGCCCGUCGAGGUGGUGUCAAACGUAUUUCCGGCCUUAUCUACGAAGAAACUCGAGGUGUGCUGAAAGUGUUUUUGGAAAACGUUAUCCGUGAUGCUGUAACCUACACUGAACACGCCAAAAGGAAAACCGUUACGGCAAUGGACGUAGUUUACGCCCUCAAGCGUCAAGGCCGUACCCUUUACGGUUUCGGAGGUUAA